UCUGAAAACGUUUGAUUUGAUUUUGUCGUCGUCUCCCUCCUCCUCUUAAUAGGUUGAACUGAAAACAGGAAAAUUAUCAUAAAACAUUUUCUGAAAACAAAAGCAAAAAUUUUUGCUUGAGGAUUGGAGGGUUGCGAAAUUCUCCGGUUGGCCAACUCCAUCGAUGGCGGCUCUGGGCGUUCGCUUCGGAGGGAAUAACGCGCUGCGGUCGGGAGAAGAUCUGUCGCAGAAUCACCGCCGGUUGCCUCUCCCUCGCAAUGCUCGUCCGAUGACGAUCUCCAGCCACGUCGACUCCGGUGCCGUAAAGAUCUCGUCGACUCUGGCCAAAUCGAAAUCCAAAUCGCGGUUGUGUUUGGAGGAGUUCGGAGGAGGGAAGAUCGAAUCCCGAACGCGGGAGAAGAUGGACGAGUGGAUGAGAGAGUCGGUCUCGGAGAUCGUGAAGAAUCUGAGGGAAGCGCCGCUGCUGGUGGAAGUUUAUUCGGACAGGAAUGGCGGUGGAACAAAGCUGAAGACGGAGAAGGCGGUGGCGGAGGAUUGGCCACACAUCGAAGCGAAUUGGAAGAUCGGCGAGGCGCAAUCGCCCGAAGGCAUCAUGCUGGUGGAAGAGCUCAACAAUGAGGCUGAAGAUGAUGAUAACGAGAAUGAUGAUGAUGAGGAAAACACAAAACUGUGGGGGGUGGUGAUUCAGGGAAAGGAGGCGAAUUGUGGACCUUGCUGUUAUCUUCUCAAGACUAGCAGAGUUAGCAGCAAUUUGGGAUUUUUCUGCACUCAUUUCUGUUUGAUAAAGGUAAAGAGCUUCAGGGAAACAGCUGAAUCCCAGUUCAAAAAUUCCUGGUUAGUGCAUUGAAGAAAAUUUUCAAUUCAUUUGUUCAGAAAAAAUAAACAAACCAACCCACCCUAUGAUUCGUGGUUCAUCAUGUACAGUUUCAUUGUUGAAUGUUCAUAUGAACAGAUUAUUAUUUUGUUCU